UGGAGGGCUCGGUGACGCUGAUUACAAACACGGAAAUAGUGAGCGUAGACGUCAUCUUUGUAUGUGUGGACGAUUCAUAUGUUUUAUAUAUAAAUAUAAUUGAGUUCGCGAGAUUGUACAGGUAUCUGUAUAGUAAGACAGCACACAGGUGUUACUUAAUCUACUUUUUUUCGGUCUAUGGAUUUUCUGCAGCUGCUAUCAUGUGCGUGCAUCGUAUUUACCGUCGGGAUGUUCUCGACUGGAUUGACAGACUUGAAGAAAAUGAAGCUCACCCAAAGUGCAGAUAAUGUUCAGUUCCUGCCUUUUCUUACCACAUGUGUAAACAAUCUAGGUUGGCUGUACUAUGGAUUACUAAAGCACGAUGGAACGGUUAUAUUUGUAAAUACCAUUGGGGCCAUUUUACAGACCAUAUAUAUCAUCACCUACUUGCAUUAUACCAAAGAGAAGAAGGUCGUGUUGGUGCAGACGCUGGUGAUGGUGUGUGUGUUGUGUGUAGGCUGGGUGUAUUUUAGUAUGGUGAUUCCUCCUGGAAAAGAACAGCUGUCUCAGCUGGGACUGGCCUGUAGUGUGUUCACCAUCAGCAUGUACCUCUCUCCCCUCGCUGAUCUGUUGCAGAUUGUGCGCAGUAAGUCUGUAGAGCGGCUGUCAUUUUCCCUGACUGUCGCUACAUUUUUUACAUCCACAUCUUGGACGUUGUAUGGCCUUCAGCUGCAAGACUAUUAUAUCAUGGUGCCCAAUACCCCAGGCAUCUUAACUAGCCUCAUCCGCUUCUUUCUCUUCUGGAGGUUUGGAGCUCUCUUUGAAAACAAGCCCUCUUAUAAACUCAUCCCGAUCUGACGGAGGUGAAGUUUUUCUUUUUCUGAUUGAAUCUAAAUAAGUGCCUUCUCCACUUUUCUUUACCCAACAAGAAUGAGUUUCAUCUCUGGUCCCCUGAGCUCAGACUAUCAUCAUACCCUCCAAACAACACUCAUGAUGUCCCAGCCCCCCUUUCUCUCUCUGAAUGUCUUUCUCAGUUCCCCACAUUCGAGAAACUCCACCUUAAAAUCUACAAUAACAAACGUUUUUUAUUUUGUUUCGGUGUAGUUUGAAUCUAUACAGGCCAGCAAGGUUGACAAUUGCCAAGUUUACAAUUUACAAACAUGAUAGCUCAACUCCAUUAUGUUUACUGUUUUAACUCUUUCUCUUAAAGAUAGACCUUAAGCAGGUAUUUAUUUUUUUACGUAUGGUACACGAGUCUGAACAGAAAAACAUUCUUAAGGAAAGUUAAUUGAAAGCUACCUAAGCUGUGUAAUGUCAUAACCAAGCGAUACAUUUUGUGUCUAGGUGACAGUUCGGCAGCUGGUUAAAUGGGGCCCAACUUGAAAUAAGAUGUCACACCCUAAAACCUUUUAUAUGUGUGCAGCGUGAAAUUAUGAAGAAAUAAAAAAAAUGAAGAUUGCUAAAUCUGCAACAAAGUAGAAAACUCUUUAAAAAGAGUUUAAAGGUGGUUAGUUUACAUGAUGUAGCAGCUUAUAUGGCGCUUUUGUGUAUAGGCACCAAGUUUUAAUGCCAAGUCUUGGUUGUUUACUGUCCAUUUACCAACUACCCCUCAUUUUUACAUGCAUCUUUUCAGUCCUUUAAAUUAAAUUACAAAAGCACAUAAAAAUAAUAUUAAACUAAAUAUAACCCUCAGCGGCUGCUGCAUAGUUGCACAAAACGUAAUGUAGACACUUCUUAUUAUAGGAUCAUAAAUGCAGGAUUCAAGAGGAACAAACAUCAGCAAAUUCGCCAGAUUACAUAUUUACAUAUUCAUGACCUAUAAUAUGGCCGGAUGAAAAUCUUGUCACUGGCUGUAAAUGAGGUUUGCCAGCCAUGAAGACACAAAUAACCAGGCUAUAAAUGUAUGUCAACGUUGUUACCAAACAUAUCAUUUGGUACUUUAUUUACUGAAACAAAUUUUUAAAGAUAUUAAAAAAUUUUGUUUUUUAUGGGUUAAUUGUUUUGUUUAUGGGUUGUACAUUUAUGUUUUGUGCUUUACAUUUAGCAUUUUCUUUGUACUGUUUUAUAUCUUAUGAAGCAAAGCUACAUUAUAUCAAAUGGGAUUUAAAGGGAUGUUCUUUAUGAAAAAUGAAUAAAUUUUAUAUAAUAUCAAACUCAA